AUGAUUCAGCACCAGGCCGAGGGGAGGGGGAAGGAGAGACUAGGCCCAGGGGGUUCACGCUGCCGCGAGUGGGUGGGCGGCGCUCACGCAGGUGGGUUUUCAGAAAAGACAUAUGAAUGGAGCUCCGAGGAGGAGGAGCCAGUGAAAAAGGCAGGACCAGUCCAAGUCCUCAUUGUCAAAGAUGACCAUUCCUUUGAAUUAGAUGAAACUGCUCUAAAUCGGAUCCUUCUCUCAGAGGCUGUCAGGGACAAGGAAGUUGUCGCUGUAUCUGUUGCUGGAGCAUUUAGAAAAGGAAAAUCCUUCCUAAUGGACUUCAUGUUGAGAUACAUGUAUAACCAGGAAUCAGUUGAUUGGGUUGGAGAUCACAAUGAACCAUUGACCGGUUUUUCGUGGAGAGGUGGGUCUGAACGAGAGACCACAGGAAUCCAGAUAUGGAGUGAAAUCUUCCUUAUCAAUAAACCUGAUGGUAAAAAGGUUGCAGUGCUAUUGAUGGAUACUCAGGGAACCUUUGAUAGUCAGUCAACUUUGAGAGAUUCAGCCACAGUAUUUGCCCUUAGCACAAUGAUCAGCUCAAUUCAGGUUUAUAAUUUAUCUCAAAAUGUCCAAGAGGAUGAUCUUCAGCACCUUCAGCUUUUCACUGAAUAUGGCAGGCUGGCAAUGGAAGAAACAUUUCUGAAGCCAUUUCAGAGUCUGAUAUUUCUCGUUCGAGAUUGGAGCUUCCCAUACGAAUUUUCAUAUGGAUCUGACGGUGGCUCCAAAUUCUUGGAAAAACGCCUCAAGGUCUCAGGGAACCAGCAUGAAGAACUCCAGAAUGUUCGAAAACACAUCCAUUCCUGUUUCACCAAAAUUUCCUGUUUUCUGCUACCUCAUCCUGGCCUAAAAGUAGCUACCAAUCCAAACUUUGAUGGAAAACUGAAAGAAAUAGAUGAUGAAUUCAUCAAAAACUUGAAAAUCCUCAUUCCUUGGCUGCUUAGUCCCGAGAGCCUAGACAUUAAAGAGAUCAAUGGGAACAAAAUCACCUGCCGAGGUCUGGUAGAGUACUUCAAGGCUUAUAUAAAGAUCUAUCAAGGUGAAGAAUUACCACAUCCCAAAUCCAUGUUACAGGCCACAGCAGAAGCUAAUAAUUUAGCAGCCGUGGCAACUGCCAAGGAUACAUACAAUAAAAAAAUGGAAGAGAUCUGUGGCGGUGACAAACCAUUUCUGGCCCCUAAUGACCUGCAGACCAAACAUCUGGAGCUUAAGGAAGAAUCUGUGAAGCUAUUUCGAGGGGUGAAGAAGAUGGGUGGGGAGGAAUUCAGCCGGCGUUACUUGCAACAGUUGGAGACUGAAAUAGAUGAACUCUACAUCCAGUAUAUCAAGCACAAUGAUAGCAAAAAUAUCUUCCAUGCAGCUCGUACCCCAGCCACACUGUUUGUUGUCAUCUUUAUCACAUAUGUGAUUGCUGGUGUGACUGGAUUCAUUGGUUUGGACAUCAUAGCUAGCCUAUGCAAUAUGAUAAUGGGACUGACGCUUAUCACCCUGUGCACCUGGGCAUACAUCCGGUACUCUGGAGAAUACCGAGAGCUGGGAGCUGUAAUAGACCAAGUGGCUGCAGCCUUGUGGGACCAGGGAAGUACAAAUGAGGCUUUAUACAAGCUUUACAGUGCAGCAGCAACCCACAGACAUCUGUAUCAUCAAGCUUUUCCUGCACCAAAGUCAGAAUCUACUGAACAAUCAGAAAAGAAGAAAAUGUAA